GGGAGGACAGGGAGGAGAGGAGGACAAACAGCAUCCUUUAUCGGGCAGAGAGGAGGGAGAGACAAACGCUGGGCACGCGCGAAGGAGGAGAAGAAGAAGACUGAUGGUGUCGUCUGAGAGAGCAACGGCUGCAGGGACGAGAGACACCGAGAAAGACAGACAGACAGAGAGAGAGAGGGAGACGGGCAGGAGGAGGCUUUAACAACUGUCCUCUGGGCCUGUGUGUGUGUGUGUGUGUGUGUGUGUGUGUGUGUGUGUGGAGGUGAUCAGCUGAUUGGAACACACGCAUUGGAGGGUGGAGCCAUGAUGGGCAAGGAUUACAUGUUGGCCAUCAUUAUAGUCAACUAUGAUGACAACAUCUGGACAGACCAGAACCUGCUGUUGGACCCAGACCUUCCCUCCGGCUGGAGAACCAUCAAAGACUCCACAGGAACAUACUAUUGGCAUGUUCCCACCGGCGCCACCCAGUGGCAGCACCCCCGUCUUACAGGGACACCGCAGCUGCUCGACACUCAGCAGGAGGAACCUGCAGAGCAGAACUCCAACAAGGAGACAGAAGGACCACCUGAGGGCAGGUCUUCGUGGCAUGAAGAUUAUCUCACAAACCACGACCCCGACUCCAAGUGCUUUGCUGUGCGCUCUCUCGGCUGGCUGCAGGUGGAGGAGGAAGACCUGUCUCCCGGUCGCAGCAGCCUCGCUGUCAGUAACGUCAUCCAGCAGCUGUCUCACUGCAGCAGCCCCGAGCAGAGAGACCGGCUAGGUGCCUGGGGGGAGGGCCGUGAGAUGAUGCUGGUUCUGAAGAAAGACACCCUGACCCUGUUGGACCCUUUAGACCACACCCCCCUCCACUGCCAGCCAAUCAUCAACAUCCGUGUGUGGGGGGUGGGCUGCAACAACGGCAGGGACAGGGACUUCGCGUUCGUGGCGGGUGAUAAGGACAGCUGCGUGCUGAAGUGUCACGUGUUUCGCUGCGACGCUCCGGCCAAAGCCAUCGCCACGGCGCUGCAUGAGAUGUGCUCCAAGAUGAUGUCUGAAAAGGCACUGAUGAGGCCCUCCCGCUCCCUGACCAUGGAGAGUAUCUCACCUGAGGACCUGCCCAGACAAGUGGAGUUUCUGGAGGCGGUGCGGCAGCAGGUGCAGAAGUUUGAAGUCCAGUACAUCGGCAACCUGCCGGUGUCCAGAGCCAUGGGUAUGGAGGUGCUGAACCGAGCCAUAGAAAGCAUCAUGAACUCUACAGACCGAGACGACUGGGAGCCGACGGUGAUCCACGUCACCGAUAACGUCCUGUCUCUGUGGAAAGGAGAGGAUGGCGACGAGCCUUUCUGGGAGUGUCAGGUACGGUUCCUCACCUUUCUGGGCGUCGGACACGACAGCCACACCUUUGCGGUGAUCGUCGACGGCGGCACGCAGCAGUUUGAAUGUCACGUGUUCUGGUGCGAACCGGACGCGGGAAUCAUCUCCGAGGCCGUCCAGGCUGCGUGCAUGGUCCAGUAUCAGAAGUGUUUGGUGGCUCAGACUCCUCCCCCGAGGACCAAAUCAUGGCAUGCAAACCCCUCGAAGGUCAAACGGGCCAACUCCAUGGAUGGCGCCGCCUUCCCACCUCUCACAUCCCGUCACCAUGGUGGCAGCAGCUCCACCAUGAUGGCGCAGAGGAUGACGAAGGGCAACGGCAGCAGCAGCAGCGUGAGGAAGGGGAUGAUGGCCUUCUUUGAAACUUUCCGCAACAAACAGGCUGCCACAUCCUAAUGAUGGAGGCGGGACCACCAGAGUCCACUGGGGGAGGAUGGCCCGGACCACAGUGGGUCUCCAGAUUAGCUGAACUCUGUGGACGAUGGCUCUGGUGGUCCGAUUGGCUGAGUGACAUCACCAGCAACUCCAGAAAAUGAUGCUUGCCAAAGGACCACAAACACACCUGAAUCUAUUGCUGUGAUGUCAGCCUCACCUGUUGGUGAGCAGGUGAACAGCAGCUACUGGAUGCGUGGAGGAUGGUUUAUCAAUCAGUUGAUCAAUACCUCCACCAGCACCUCCACCAACACCUCCUCAUCUAUCCGUGUCGUCAGCGGCAGAAGCAUCGUGCUACACAAAGUUAAAGUUCAAAGAUCAAACUAAAAAAGGCCAGCAGGUUUAUGCCUGAAAAAGUCCGAGCACAUUCAAAUAUUAAUGAGGCUGAAACCCAACAAUCGGCCCCAAACAGCUUUUUCUUCAUCUAUACUCACAGAACCUGGGGUUACGACUGGUAACCAAAGCUGUAGGCUCCGCCCUUUAAGGCCAGUGGGUUUACCCAAGGUCUCACUUCAAGGGGCAGAUUUAGGUCAGUGUCACAUCUGUUUGUUUCUGUGGAUUUGGGAAGUAUCAUAUCUGAAUACCUGUGAGGUCAAAGUUCAUGUAAGAAGCUGGAUUUGAAAGGUGACAUCUUUGAGUUUCUGAAACUUUUUAGCAUGUGGCUGAAAUGCAACCCAACCCGAUCUCUGCGUGCUUCACCAGGCCGGUGCUGAAGAGAGGUUCAGGUUAGGCUGCAGUCAGUGCCUCACUGAGUCCAUCCGGUACUACAAGCACAAGCACACCUGCUUCAGUAAACACACCUGAGCAUGAAGGCUGAGAACGAUGAAACCUACUCCUGAGGGAGGAGCAGAGGAGGACCCGGACUAAAUGUAGGUAUAGGGUAACACCUGUGCAACAUAGAGCAGAAAUCCUAUUAACUCAGGAUGAUCAGACCUUCAUUAAUAAAAGGAGACAGUGACCAGCUUCACAUUCAAAGAGCCUGCGGGGGGCGCUGUAGUGACCAUCUGAACUGUAUUUCUCUGGAAUCUCCCUGUAAACAGAAGAAAUGUAGAGAUAAACGUAGAGAGCAUCUUCCCACGCUGGAUGUCAGACGUGUGUCCUGCUUGUUCUGCUUUGAGCUUCAUUAUUUAGGCAUCGUGUUUUAAAGCUGCAGUGAGUAACUCCGGCCACCAGAGGGCAGGAGAGAGACUGAAAUACUGACGGGAGCAUUCUGGACUUGCCUGUUUCUGAAAGCAGCUGUUUGCAUGCUAGGCAUGACCGUAAACAUGUGACAGAGAGUUAAGCAAAUGCCACGCCCACAGUGACAUCUGACCGUCCUUCUGCUUCCUGAUUGGCUGAUGUACCUGUAGAAGCUGUGCUGUGUUCACUGCUCGCAGGAAAACUUCCUGAACAGCAGGUGGAUGUUGUCUGUUUAUUUGCAGUAAAGUCAUCAAUGAUGUCAUGUAUAAA